AUGCAAUCUCCUUGGCAAGCUGGUAAUGGUAAUGGUGAAAGACAGGUUAAAUGGAUAAGAGCUUCUGAUAACUACUCAAAAAGUAAUAAUAGAAAUGGUUAUUUGAUCAGUUUGAGACCAAUUACCAGAAAGGAGUCGUCUUCGUCGAUGAUCAUCGUCAGCAGGAGGAAUUCAAUAACUGAUCACAAAAAUCUGAUGACUUCUUCAGACAUGACCCAAACUGGACAGCUUAAAGAGAUAAUAUAUGCUCUCAUUGAGUUAACACGUCCCUACACUGUCAUUGGAAAUGUUGUUAGUGUAACUUCAAUUUCACUUUUACCUUUGAGGUCUUUGUCCGAAGCCAUGGCUCCCAUGUUUCUCCUUGGCCUGUUGCAGGCAAAUAUUUCUCUUUUUCUGGUACAGCUUUAUGCCAAUGGAAUUAACCAAAUAUAUGACGUUGAAAUAGACAAGGUGAACAAGCCCUAUCUUCCUAUGGCUUCAGGAAUUGUUUCCAGGGAAGCUGGGAUUGCAAUAACCUCUAUUUCUUGUCUAUUGGACUUAUCUGAUAUUGAAGGUGACAAACAAUUUGGCCUUGAUGCACUCUUGGCUGUCAAGCUCGGACAACAAAAAGUGUUUUGGAUUUGUAUAAGCACACUUAUGAUGAUUUAUGGAGCUGCAAUUGGGACCGGAGCUUCUUUGUCGAAUUUUUUAAGCAAGUUUGUCAUGGUUAUGGGGCAUUUUGUAAUUGCGAGCAUUGUUAUGCAUCGAGGCGUAACAACUGAUAUGUCAUCCAGUAGUCGAUCCGGCCUCGAUUUUUACAUGUUUGUUUGGAAGCUAAAGUAUGCCGAAUAUUUUCUCAUCCCAUUUAUCCGAUAA